GAUCGAGUGAAACUCGAGGAUCGAAAGGACCAGUUCGGCGCACAAGUAGACGACGGACGACUGGUAGUGCCUGGUGGGGAGUACGCAGAAAAUGCGGAUGAAGGCGUAGCAGUUAAGUCGCGUCGAGAUAAUGAAGCUGUUGGAGCAGCAGUUUAUAGCGAUGAGAGACAGGACAACGAACGGGAAAUUUGA